AUGUUGCCGUUGUUUGUGCAGCUUGCACUAGUUCUUGUCCAUGUUGACGCAAUGCGGGAGGAUCUCAAUGGUGUCUUGCCACCCACAGAGAUCAUUCAGAAUCCAGCGGCUGGAACGAGUGCGCUUGAGAGUCACAAUGAAGUAGAAGAAGGCGUUGAUGCUCCAGAUGCCAAACAAGAAGCGCACAAAGCACUAAUUCGCGACUGCAUCCUGGAGAAGGCCAUGGGCUUUGGAAAGAUCUACAAGCGCUUUGGUGGAAGUUGGAACGACGAGUUGCAGACAAAGCUUCUGGAAGAUGUUGUGGUGCUGGAAGAAUUCGAGGAUGCCCAAUCGAAUCACUGGGAAAGCCUUAGCCGGCAGCAAAAGGUCUAUGGAUACAUCCGCCAAAGUGAGGUCCAGAAGAAGUUCGCCCAGGAUGAAGACAGCUAUGCUUGUUUGAUGGAAAAUGUUACCGAUGGCCUGAAAGAUGUUAUCCAGCAAAAGUUAGAUGCUGAGGACAUGCUGGUGCAUGACAGCCGGGGCCGCAUGUCAAAACUGGUGUCCAAAGCGUCGCCAAUCUUCAAAGCCGCCAAGAAAACGCUGCAGGAGUCUGAUGCGCAAUUGAAGAAGGCUGGGAUCAAAUGGAGCAAGUUAAAGAAGAGUUGCAAAAAGGAGACAGAGGAGAAGACCGCUCAAUUUUUGGAGUUCAUCGGAAAGCAGAUGCGGGUCACCAAGUCCUCGCUGCUGAACUGCGAGGAGGAUGAGAGCAAGGGCUAUUGCCCCGAAGGGACUGCACCCCGGAGCGGCCGGGAGAUCAAUCUUCAGGAGGGAGCCAAGUGGUUCGUCAUCGGCCGCUUUGGCGCCUCGGGAUCCGGAAUGCUACUCUUUGGCGUGGUCGGGGCCAUCAUGGGCAUUUCAGGAGGUCCGGCCGGCAUGCUCGCGGGAUUCAGCCUCGGAGUGGAAUUUGCACUGGCGACCAUGCCAUCUUCUUCGAUCGGGGCAGCCUUUUUUGCCUGGAACGCUAUUGGUCCAAAGGAAUGUGCAUGCUUCCCUCGUGAAUGCACGUUAGAGAAUGAGAGUGGCCUUUGUGUGAUUUCGUCUGCAGCAAAGGCGCCCAGCGAGAACCCUUUUGGUCGAGCUCUCCCAUAUCUUUCCAUGAAAUGUGGAAAAGUUGAAGGAAAGUGUUCAUUGCAGGCUUGUGAACGGAGUGAUUUCAAAACCGAGCCUUUGCCAAACAAAAUGUUUGGAAAGGUGGGUAAAUUUGGGGAGGGGGUGUACAAUUGCUUGGCAACGGAGCCGAGGCCUGCUAAAGCUUUGGCCAUGCAAACCACAUUGCCUGAUGGCCAGGAGAACACAGCUAUUACUCGGAAGGCUGUGUUUGAGUCAUUGGGAAUUCAGCCCAAGGCAGAUCCAAAAGAAGAUCCAAAGGCCAAAUGA